AUGAUCGUUGCGGACUCAGAGUGCCGCGCGGAGCUACAGGGCUACCUGUCGUUCCCCCGGGGCGGCGGCGGCGCUGGGGCCGGAGAGGUCCUUCGGGAGGGAUCUGAGAGCCUGGAGCAGCACCUGGGCCUGGAGGCACUGAUGUCUUCGGGGCGAGUGGACAACCUGGCAGUGGUGAUGGGGCUGCACCCUGACUACCUGAGCAGCUUCUGGCGCCUGCACUAUCUGCUGCUGCACACGGAUGGGCCCCUGGCCAGCUCCUGGCGCCACUACAUUGCUAUCAUGGCUGCUGCCCGCCACCAGUGCUCCUAUCUGGUAGGCUCCCACAUGGCUGAGUUUCUGCAGACUGGUGGGGACCCUGAGUGGUUGUUGGGUCUCCACCAUGCCCCCAAGAAGCUGCGCAAACUUAGCGAGAUCAAUAAGUUGUUGGCGCAUCGGCCGUGGCUCAUCACUAAGGAGCACAUCCAGGCCCUGCUGAAGACAGGUGAGCACAGCUGGUCCCUGGCUGAGCUCAUCCAGGCCCUGGUGCUGCUCACCCACUGCCACUCACUGGCCUCUUUCGUGUUUGGCUGUGGCAUCCUUCCUGAGGGGGACCCAGAGGGCAGCCCUGCCCCCCAGGCACCUUCGCCCCCCAGUGAGCAAAGCAGCCCCCCCAGUGGGGACCCAUUGAACAACUCUGGGGGCUUUGAAGCCGCACGUGAUGUGGAAGCUCUGAUGGAACGCAUGAGGCAGCUUCAGGAGAACCUGCUGCGGGACGAGGGGGCAUCCCAGGAGGAGAUGGAGAGCCGCUUUGAGUUGGAAAAGUCAGAGAGUCUGCUGGUGACCCCCUCAGCUGACAUCCUGGAGCCCUCUCCACGCCCAGACAUGCUGUGCUUUGUGGAAGACCCUACUUUUGGAUAUGAGGACUUUACCAGGCGUGGGGCUCAGGCACCCCCCACCUUUCGUGCCCAGGAUUACACCUGGGAAGACCAUGGCUACUCGCUGAUCCAGCGGCUGUACCCCGAGGGUGGACAGCUGCUGGAUGAGAAGUUCCAGGCAGCCUAUAGUCUCACCUACAACACCAUCGCCAUGCAUAGCGGUGUGGACACCUCUGUGCUUCGCAGGGCCAUCUGGAACUACAUCCACUGUGUGUUUGGCAUCAGAUAUGACGACUAUGACUAUGGAGAGGUGAACCAGCUCCUGGAGCGGAACCUCAAGGUCUAUAUCAAGACGGUAGCAUGCUACCCAGAGAAGACCACCCGGAGGAUGUACAACCACUUCUGGAGGCAUUUCCGCCACUCAGAGAAGGUCCAUGUGAACUUGCUGCUCCUCGAGGCCCGAAUGCAAGCUGCCCUGCUCUAUGCUCUCCGCGCCAUCACUCGCUACAUGACUUGA